GCCGAGCGCUGCCAGCGCGCCCCGUCGCCGCCGCCGCCCCGUUAGAGACCCGCCGCCCGCCAAGGAGGGGAGAGCGCGACAGCCGGGAGCACGGGAGAGGGAAGGGCCCUCCCCCCGCCGCCAACCCUCUUCUUCUUCCUCCUCCUCCUCCUCCUUCUCCUCCCCCGCCUCCGCCUCCGCCUCCCGGCCGGGAAGAGCUCGCCGCGCCCGCAGCAGCCCCGCUGGAUGCACUGAGCGCUCGGGCGCGGGGAGAGGGGCAGGAGGGAGCCGGGAGCCCCGCCGCGGAGGCGCUGCGCUGCCCGGAGGCUCGCGGCCAUCUGCUUUAAUUCUUUUAUUUCAAUCCCCCCCCCCGCCCGCCGGUGGCUGGCUUUGCCCCUGCCUCCUCCUCUCUGCCCGCGGGAGCCAGCCGAGGCGGCGGCGGCGGGGGCUGCAUUUUUCCGCCCCCCCCCUCUUUUUUUUUUUUUAAUUUUUUUUUUUUUUUUUUAAUUUUCGUCGCCGCCAUGGGAUGUACCCUGAGCGCCGAGGAAAGAGCCGCCUUGGAGCGGAGCAAGGCCAUCGAGAAGAACCUGAAGGAGGACGGGAUCAGCGCCGCCAAAGACGUGAAACUCCUCCUGCUCGGGGCCGGAGAAUCGGGGAAAAGCACCAUCGUGAAGCAAAUGAAGAUCAUCCAUGAGGAUGGCUUCUCUGGAGAAGACGUGAAGCAGUACAAGCCAGUGGUCUACAGCAACACUAUACAGUCACUGGCAGCUAUUGUACGUGCCAUGGAUACCUUGGGCAUCGAAUACGGUGAUAAGGAACGACGGGCUGAUGCCAAGAUGGUCUGUGAUGUCGUAAGUCGGAUGGAGGACACAGAGCCCUUCUCUCCCGAGCUGCUGUCAGCUAUGAUGAGACUCUGGGCAGACUCUGGGAUCCAAGAAUGCUUCAACCGAUCCCGGGAAUAUCAGCUUAACGACUCGGCCCAAUACUACCUAGACAGCUUAGAUCGAAUUGGAGCUGCAGACUACCAGCCCACGGAGCAGGAUAUCCUCCGAACCAGGGUCAAAACAACUGGCAUUGUAGAAACCCACUUCACAUUCAAAAACCUCCACUUCAGGCUCUUUGAUGUUGGGGGCCAGCGGUCAGAACGCAAGAAGUGGAUUCACUGCUUUGAGGACGUCACAGCGAUCAUUUUCUGCGUCGCACUGAGUGGCUACGACCAGGUGCUCCAUGAAGAUGAAACCACGAACCGCAUGCACGAAUCACUGAAGCUUUUUGACAGCAUCUGCAACAACAAAUGGUUCACAGAUACGUCUAUUAUCCUCUUUCUAAACAAGAAGGACAUAUUUGAGGAGAAAAUUAAGAAAUCUCCACUGACUAUCUGCUUUCCUGAGUAUACAGGCCCAAACUCUUUCACGGAGGCGGUGGCUUACAUCCAGGCUCAGUACGAGAGCAAGAACAAGUCCCCCAACAAGGAGAUCUACACGCACAUCACCUGUGCCACCGAUACCAACAACAUCCAGUUCGUCUUCGACGCCGUCACAGAUGUCAUCAUCGCCAACAACCUGCGGGGAUGUGGACUCUACUAAAGCCCUCUCCUCCCCUCCUCUCCUCGCGCCCGCCGGGAGCAUCCUCCGGUCCCGCGGACAGGUCCUCUCUCUUUCUUUUUUUUCCUCCUCAGAAGAUGAUGAGGAAGAAACACGUAAAUCCCUUCUCCCGUCCCAGACAACUCUGCAGCAAGUUCUGCUUUCCCCAGCCCCAUUUUAUUUUAUUUUGGUUUAUUUUUGGUUCAUUCCCUUGUUGCCUCAUUCUACUCCUCCGUUCCAAUUCACAGUGCUGUAGAGGGAGCUAACGCGUUUCCCACAAAGUGCAUGUCAACUGCCAAAAGACAAAAAUACUGAAGUUUUAAAAAAAAAGAAAAAAUCAAAGCCUUAAAAUACUGGUCAGCAACAGUGUAGUUUGGAACUGAAACUUCUUUUUUUUCUCCUUGAAAUUAAGGGAUAUUUUUAAUUCUCCUGGUUAUUUAUCUUUUUUUUAAAACACUAUUCCUUUGGGAAGUGCUAGAUACAACAUGAUCAUUUUGAGGGUACCUUACGGCUCCAGUUCCUAUCCCAAAGCUGGAGGGGUCGGUGUUGAACGCAGCCGCUGCAGCUUGGAUUUGUAUAUUCUCCUUUUUUCCAGACAGCUAUUUGAACAAGUAAAACAGCCAUAUCGAGUUCUGCUGGUGUCUGAGUAAGAGGGACACAGUAACAAAACCUACUAAGCCUUGUAUAAAAGCAUUCGUUACCGGUAACAGUUUUACCUCAAGUUUUUCAAACUUAAUGUUAAAAUUUGUCUAGUGGUUUCAGUAACCCAUUUCUUAGGCGCUUCGCUGGAUGCCACGGAGCUGCUGAGCUAGGCAGGGCAGUGGAAGCUGGGCUCGGACCCCUGGAGCGUAGGCAGCAAGGAUGCCCCAGGGAUGGUGUCCUGAUGGGGACCCUGCGCCCGGGGGCAUCCUGGCGAGGAUGCCAGCCUGGGUACCCAGCGACCUUUCCCAAAGCACCUCCCAGCCUAAGGGAUUUCAGCACGACCAAUGCUCCUGCAAACACACAGCAUCUCUUUCUAAACUUUGGCCCUGAAAUGUUGGAGUGCACCAAAAAUAUUUAGCCCUGGCUUCUUGUAGGCAGGGUUUGACCUUCAAGUAACUGAAAUGCAGAGAGGUGCCUUGGGAAACCUCACCGUGCUUGGGUGACAGCAAGGUGUGCAGGAGCCUUGCGGCUCUUUAUCGCACCUCGGGCAUCUAAAUAACCUUGAGAAGCCCAGCCUUGCACUCUGAGCCUCCUCGGCCGAGCAGAAGCAGGUAGCUUGCCUGUGUCAUCUCCUGCCUGGGUGUCCAAGAGAGACAGCUCCAGGUUUGGAUGCCAGUCAGGUCAUCUCUUUACCAGUAUCUACAGCGAGAAGGAUGGUCUGUACUGGCUAGGUAGUGGCGAGGGAAGGCUCAGGGAGCUGAUUUGAGCCAAGUGAUGGAGGAGGAAGGAAAAGCGCAAGGAAGAGAGGGAAGGAAGGGCAGGAGAAAAGGGCAAGAGUAGUGCCCAGCACAGCAAAAUGUGGGGGCACAGAGGGGAGAACAAACGCGGCUGGGCUGGGGUAUGUGUGGCCAUCCAUCUGCCAUCACCAAGAGCUCCGGGUGCCAUUGGGGUGAAGGCAGAGGGGAGUGUGAGAGGUGGGGUGUCACCUCUGGGAGCGUGGAGGGACCCUUAGAAGUCCACCCUGAAAGCUUGUUUGGUGUCUGGGUGAGAUGGCCACCUCCAAGGUCCCACUCGGCAUGGUACCUGGUGGCAGGUAGGCAACGCUGAUCCCUGCCUCUUCUCUGCCUCUCUUAAAAGUCCACGAUCCUGGAAAACGUUGAGUCUUUCCAGACCAGACACAAGUUCAACUGUCCUCUCUUGGGAGCCCAGACCAGGGGUGUCUUUCAGGUCUCAGGAGGUCUGAGUUUUCUCCAGUGCCAUGCCUGAGAGGGACAAUAUCUCUUCUCUCACUGUGCCCAUGUAGGAGAGAUGGUGUGAGAGCAGUCUGAAGCAGCGCAGCCCAAAGGAAAGGGGCCAGGUGAGCAUCGGUGUGCGGAAGGCAGGGAAAGGAGCAGGUACAGUGGCAUGGGAUGGAGAGGACCGGCGGAGGAGGUUUGGGAGAGAAGUUGCAGAAGGGAGAUGAGGCAGGUUGAGGCAGCAGGGAGGAUGGGAAGAGAAGGGCACCUGGGAGCCGGAGGAGAGUCCCCAUCAGAGGUUGUGCUCUGCUGGGACAGUGCUCGUGGGACGUCUGUGACAAAACCCCAGCCAGGGAUGUGAGGGGCAGCACCCCAGGGCAAACAGGGGAGGCCUGCAGAGGAAAACAAGGUGGCUCUCACCCAUCUAACCAGCUCACAGCCCAGCAUGGUUGGCAGCUGUGUCAGUAACCCCCUAAAUAGCAUUAAAUGAUAAAACUGUAUUUGGUAUUGCACAGUGAGGACCCACUGCGGCUCUGCUGGACACUAACAGCAAUAACGCCAGGUCUCUGCCUCCCCUGCUCUGGCACAAGUGAGUACCCACCUUUCUCUUCACCAUCUCAGCCUUAAAAUACCUCCAGUGGCAUCAGCUCCCACAGAUUGCUGGCCGGCCAGCAAAGCCAGGAGCCCCUCUCUGCUCCUCACACCACAUCCCACCCCCACGUCUUGUUUUCCCAGGUCCCAGCCCCUCUCCCAUCUCCAUGUAAUGCUGGCACACUCUGCUGUACAACCCUAAACCAAAGGAACACGGAACACAAGGCCUUCGCAUGUUGUUGUAGCUGGUUUAGCUUAGGAUUUUCAGAGUCAAUGGGAAGGUUUUCCAAAGAAAGGAUUCCCAAUGGGAAGCACCUGCUCAGUUCUCUGGUUCCUUGGAAGGGACCAGCCAAUGGCAAUGGGACGGUGCUUCUGCCACAGGAGGGGCAGGGAAUUACCUGGAGCGAUGCAGAGGGAUCAGGAUGCUCCUGGAGCUUGUCCCAUGCGGGUGGCCAAGUCCCACCAGUAACACCUAGCAUCCAAAUGUGCGUUAAGUGUCAAAAUGAGGGCUGAAAAGCUGAAUGUUAGUUACAUUUGGUAUGUAAAGUAUAGGUAACUGGUAGACCCAGAGUGCAGCGCCAGACCUGCAUGCUGUGGUGCGCUAAGGGCUUGCACCGGCAGUGAGGCAAGUCUUAUAUUAAGCUCUGUCAGAAGAGUUUCAGCAGCAGCACUAGAAUUUUGGAGAUUUUCUGUUCCCACCCCUUGCUGUGGGUGACAUUUUAUCCAAGCAAAUAAGUAACAGAAGCCAUUCCCAGUGAAGGCAGCACCAAGCCAAGGCUUCUGGAGUUCCCAGCAUAAAGCACACAGGACUAUUUUGGUAAAGACAAUUUAAAUUAACUCAACCCCCAACUCUACCAUAUGCAGCCGAGUCACCAGUGCCGGCUUGGUGCGCUUGUGCCACACUCCGGGCCGGGUUCAGGCAGCCUGUGCCCAGCCGUGCCGGCUGAGAAGUCCAAACCCCCUCCUGCCCCAGACCCUCCGCAGCUCCAUCCAGCUGGUUCCCUGGCACAUUGGUGAUAACCAACGGCUGGUGCUCCAUGGGGAGAAAAGGGAGAAAAAGAGGAGGAAAUAUUGACACACAGAGCCUUUUCUUUCAUUUUCUUUGGCAUAUUGUAUGUCUAAAGCUUCAUUUCAGCUGCUGCUGCUGACAUUCCCUCCCUCACAUGAGUGUCAUGAGGAUUCUCUGACAAAGGCUGGAAACAGCAUUUGGAAGAUGAAAUGCUUCCAGUGUUAAACACUACUAUUUCUCCCGCUUGAUGACUGUGUAUAGAUUUUUGUCUCCAGAACGCCUGCCAAAGCAUUACUCACCACUGGCUUUCUGCAUCCUCCCAAGCCUUUUCUGACAGAUGUGCUUUCCGCAGGCAAUCUUUUGCCCUGUGCUUUUUCUAAACACCAGCAAUCCUUGCAGCAAUUGCCUAGAAAGAAGACCUUGAAAUAAAUCGCCUGCUUUCAAAAGCCCUCUUCUUAAUAGCCACUUGUGCUUUGCAAUUGCAAUGCUCCAAAUCCAGACCCUCAGAGGCCCUGAGUUGUGUUUUAAUUUGCAUCCUCCAUGUAGCAGGGAUGUUGCAACUGGUACAGCUGCAUCAGAAAUCAUACCAGGGCGUGGGGGACAUAUUUUAAAAGCACAGAAUUGAAACAGCUACAUAUAGACCCUGCUGCCCUUCAAAGCUAAUGUGGGAAUUUGCAAAAGAUGCCCUUUUUGGGAUGCAGGAGGUUUUUAAUGGCUCAGGUCACUUGUCCAGCAGCAGCAUCUGAGGGGUGUUGUGUUGAAAGUAGCGUUAGCAACUCGCAAUGAGCUUCAGACAGCAGCAAAAAGAAAGAAGGAAGCCCCCGGCUUGCUCCAUUGGCAAUGAGAGCGUCCGGUGUGUGGAGCCAUGAGACAAAAAAAAUGCAAAUAGCUCUUUUACUUAAACAACAAUUUCAGUGAAAGAGAGAAGCCUGUAGAAGGAAAGCCUUGAAAUGAGCCUGUAGCUGAGGCUGCAAGGUUAAGCUGCAGAGCACCGUGCUCCUUGGGAGGAUGCAGUAGCUGGGCUUGUUAGGAGAACUAGCAAUAAACACGUACUGGGAAAGCACACGUUAAAAUACAGCCACAUACUCCAAAGGCCAGUUUCUUCUUCAGCAAAUAGAGUUCACACUCUUUUUUUACAUAUGGCCGGAGGAGCCCAGCCGAGCGGCAGGGCAGCGGGACCACUUGGCGAGGCCAUCUGGCCCCUCCGUCUGCUAGCACCAGACUGUCCCUGCUGCCCCUGCCCUCCCACGGGGCCGCAGCCAGGUCUAGCAAGGGGUCAGUCGGCUUCCCACCACUGCCAUCCCAGAAACUCUUCCAACUAAACCUCUCUCAGGAGUUUUGUAUGAGAAUUAGCUUCUUGCCUUCAGCCAACCUUCCUGGAUUGCCACCCAGCCUGUCCCUCCACAGAGGGGAGAGCAUCCUCAGGAGGAGGCUGCCGUGCCUCCUCAGUAGAUGUGAUUUUGUUUUACAGGACAAUAAAAGUAUUAAUGAGAGCAGUCUAUACUGUAAUGUACAUUAAAGUGUGUCUGGUGGUUUUAAUCUAUUGUGGCAUGAGCCCAGUGCUUGCCCGCAAGGGAACAGACAUUGUUCUUAGGCCAGGAAUGCAAUCUCCAAGAGGUCAGGACAGGACAUAGAAGAUGUCCUUUUGCCAAAACAUCCCCGUGUGCCCAGUCGCUGCCACGUAGAGCAUUGGGCAGCUCGACAAGGCACGGGAUUCAGCUGCGGGUGGCAGACAUCACCCCAGGGCAUUUUGCAGUUGAUGCUGUAAAAGGGACCAAACCUGCACUGUUAGCCUGUGCGAUGUGUCCAAGUAUUUUGUGGCCAAAAAAAUCUCCUGGAGCCAGGGAGAGUUGUUGAGUUCCUGGGAACAAGGCUGACCAUUUGUCAAGUUGAUUAGAGAAGCUUAGUACUAGUGUGUUUGUGUCUUUGUCAUGGGCCAGGUUUGUCUUCAGGCUUACGACCAAAAACUCCACAACCAUUUCCAAGGAGACAAAACCACUUGUUAACAAUCUGAUGCCAGAAGCAUCAAGGUCAGUAGAGACAGUGCUGCUGAGCAUCAUCCCGAACCGCCCAAACCCAUCACACACUUGCAUUCCCAAUGUGCACACAAGAAAGCAGAGACGUGGUUCAGGUAGCACAAAAGAGUGGACCAUGGUCCUGCCUCUACCUCCCUGGAGGAAAGAGCAGACAGAAACACUCUCCCAAAGCGCCCCAAGACUUGCAUGUACAUUAUUUCUGAGCUCCUGCGAUGACACGAGAUAAUUGAUGCUGACAGAUAUAGGUACGUGACCUAUGUAAGAUGUUAUGCUGAGAACGUGGCUACGGAAAGGGACUUCUCACAGGACCGCUCACGUCUGACCCAGCAGCCUGUGAGAUCUUUAUUUGUGCUGCAAAGGCUAGCUAGCAAACACAUGCAAGUAUGACCCUUAAACACUGAUGCAUUAGUAAGAGGAGGAGGACCAAAGCCUCCCAGCUGGCACCCUGCAAGCAGAGGGAGAUGGGAGGAAGCUGAACUGGAGACAGGGCAAAACCAUCUCCAUCUCCCAGAGAGAGCAGAUCAGAUCUCUACAGGCACCAGGUGCAGCAGACAUGGCGAGGAGAGACCCGGGGAGGAGGCGGAGGGCUGGGAGCCAGCGCGACGCUCUCUGCCCUGGCCCCUCUCCCACCCAGUGUCUUGGAAAUUAAUGUCAAGACCAAAUCCUGACUGUUCCGUAGCACAGGCAAGUGGCUCUGGGUCUAAACCCCCUGCUCCAGGUGGGGAGAGGAGAUCACAGCAGGUAACAACAUGAUUUUCAGCAUUGCCUGAGUCUCACCAGCUUUUCCAGUGCUGGAGCAACCCAGUGGCACUGGGCAAGCAAAUAAGGUUGUUUAAAGACCAGCCAUUGCCCCAUUAAAUAGCCCAGUCCCUAAUUUAACAUCCUCAGCCCUAUUCCCCCUACCUCCCUUUCCCCCCUUCGGCUCAACAAGGGACCGGUGACCAUCACCCUGCCUCUGGGCUGCCCGGUCCCCACCACACUUCUUUCCGAAGGAUCACUGGAGGCUGCCAUGAUUUUCCUUUUGCUGGUUUCCCGCUGAAUCGUUUCUCCUGCAUGUUUGAUGGCCCAAACUGUAUUAACUGUAAUUUUGUACGAAGAGUGACUGUCCAUUGGUUUAAUAGAGCAUUAGUUAUUGUAAUAAUUUAUUGGCUGUCGGUAAUGUAUUUAUUAGUUACAAAAUGUUAAUAAAGUGCCAGCUCUUUUCUA